AUGCUGUCCUACAUAGUCGGCCUCAUCGCCGCCUUCAUCUUCCUCGUGAACCCCAUCAGCCAGCUCCUCUUCGGCAGCCAGCAUGCCGCCGGCCCCUCGCCAAGGCCUCACCUCAACGAGUCCAUGCUCGCUAUUGACCAUCCCAAUGACCCCAUCCCCCAAUGCCCGCCUGACACAUACAGGGCCCAGAUCCUGCGCGUCUCGCCACUGGUCGUAUAUCUAGAGAACUUCCUAAACGAGGACGAGAGAAAGCAUCUCCUCGACAUCAGAGCAGAGCAGAGCUACACCCAAUAUCCUCUCUCUCUGCCCAACCUCCCAUGA